GUUUGAUUUUGAGGAUUUAAAUCCAGAUGAUCUAGAAAAAUUAGCAAAAGAGGAACAGUACUACAUGAGUACACAAAUGCAGACAGAUAAUAUCUAUUAUAGAUUCAACAAUAGAUGAUUAUGUAUGAAAUAUAUAUAUGAGAUAUAUUCUAUUCAUAUUUAUGUAUAAGAAUUUGUUUUAGACUAAAAACAAAUGCAAGAAUUAAAAUAUAAGUUAUAUCUUACAGAAGUGAAAAAUAAAAAGUUAGAAUCUAAAUUAAAAGAUGUUGAAGAAUUAGCUAGAGUCAAAGAACAUGAAGUACUUAAUUUGAAAAAACAAGUGACAAAGUACCAAACUGAUAUUGAUCAAAGUCAGUCAAAAAGGGUCUUUCCUGGUACACCUUUUCCUACUAAACUAAAAGCUUUAAAACCUAAAAAAUAUUCAAUCCUAUUUUUCCUCAUGAAGGAAGUUUAUUAUCAUCAGCUUCUUCAGAUCAAAAAUCAUCUACAGUAUCAUCUCAACAAUCAAUAUCAACUAAUGUACCGAAACUACUAGCAUCACCUACACAGCAACCACAACAGGAGCAUAGUACACCUUCAUCCAUUAAAGACGAACGAAUAAGUAAUAAAGAUACAUCUACCUUUCAGCAAGCUGU